AGCCCAGACAAUGAAGUUGGCCCCGCUAUUGUUUGCAUUGCUGUUGGGACGCACCACUUGGGGCAGCAUCGACGACUUCGAGGAUGCCGUAGAAGUGACAACCGCGGGCCGCUUUUUGCCAGGUCCUGUGCAACUUUACACGGUUGGUCGCACUCGCCAGACGAAGAAAAUUAGGAAGGAGCUGGUGGAGGCCGCACUUAAUCACACACUGGAUAGCCGCAAGGUGGACAGAUAUUGUUGCUUCUGGGUGUAUCAGGACCAUCCAGCCAUUCCAGAGGUGUGGGAGCACCGCAGGGAGUAUCCAUUUGAUUUUGUGGAGAACGGCUGGUUGGUGAAGAAUCAGCGCAACUUCCAGGAACCACAAAAGGCGGAGUUGUAUUCAUAAGUUUGCCAGUCUCAGGCAUUGGCUAUUUCAUUUAAUUGCGUCCAGAGCACGUAGAGUUUGUUUCAACACGAAAUUAUAAUUAACUUUGUGCCGCCUUCGCGUCUGCCCCACUGUA